UAUUACUGCUAUGAUGUUUACAAAGAAUUCCUCUGUUCUUAUGUGAUCACUUCACUGCCACUGCAACGCUCACCCAACCUUUUUACAUUUUUAUAUUUCUACUUCAUGUCAUCCCAAAGUGGCGUCACACGUGGUUAUUCUCUUAACGUUCUAACUUUUCUUAUUGCUACCGUACAACUUGUCUUGGCAACAUUUAGACUUGAACAGGCUAACGGGUGGACACGGGCCACUAGUCCGUAAAUCUGCUCUCUGUUCGUCACAUUGCAUGCUAAGCCCCCCCCCCCCCCCUCCAUUUUACCAACACAAACAAGGCCUUCCUGCAAUGGCUGCGUCUCACCACUAGAGGGCGUGCUAAGACCCCCCUCCAUUUUACCAACACAAACUAGGCCUUCCUGCAAUGGCUGCGUCUCACCACUAGAGGGACCACCUCCUGACGUCUGAAUUGCCGCUGCUCUCCGAUCACAUGAUUAACCCGGAAAUGCUUUAUCUCGAACUUUGGACGUGUUUUAUUUGAAAGAGUCCAGAAGAUCGCCUUGGACAUGGAUGAAGACGUGGUCCAGGAGGCGGAGACCCUCCUGGUGGCCCUGAAGCUGCUCGUCAACCUGGGCAAAGUUCUGCUGCAGCAGGCCAAGAAGGACUCUGAAGCCUCCCUGGAAAAGUUUGUCCCCCACAAAAUUGCUACUUUGUACGGCCUGAUCGCAGCAGGAGGAGACUUCUACAGGAGCGUCGGCGUGCAGAAGAAGACGGAAGCUGAGGCCUUGUGGGGGAAGUGGUAUCACCGUGCAGACGUCCGGGAGCAGGUGGACGAGCUGCUGCAGCUGCAGAGCGAGUGGGACGCCUUCCUGCGCUUCGUGGAUGAAGGUCUUCCUCCAUCGUGGAGCGGCGCCACUGCGGCGGCGGACAUCUUUAGCCAUGAGACUUUGCUGAUGGAUGGACGCAGCGGGAAGAGAGUUACGCUGGACCAGUACCGAUCCCGGGGUCAGAAGCUCCUGCUGGUCCUCAUCAGACACUUUGGAUGACUGCCGUGACGCGACCACGUGGCUCAGCUGGAGGGCAGCCUGGCUGCCCUGGAGGCUCGGUCCGUGAAGGUCUUGGUGGUGUGUUUCGGCUCCCUGGAGGGGGCUCGGCUGUGGCUGCAGCAGACGGGCUGCACUUUGGACUUGGUGCUGGACUCCCAAAGAAAAAUCUACAGGAGCUUUGGACUGGUCUCGUCCUACGCCAAGGUCUUGAGCUUUGGCACGCUGCUCCAGUAUUCCCAGUAUCCAGCAGUGGACAGAGACUUCCCUGAAUUCCCCCUGCACCUCCUGGAAGACCUCUACCAGAUGGGAGGAGACUUCCUGCUGAGCGACAGCAAGCAGAUCCUCCUGUUCCACCAGUCCAAAACCCCGAUGGACAGACCCUCUGUCGGCCGCAUCCUGCAGGCGUGCGAGUCUGCCGACUAAGAAAGGUCGCGGGCCAGCCCGGCAGGUCAGGUCAGAGCACUUUUAACUGGAGGUGAGCGACGCUUUGACCCACCUUGAUGACGUCACGCCCCGCCCUCACGCCGCCGUGAUGAGGCGUGACUGAUGUGGAAGAGUGAGGCGAAGUGAGGCCGACUCCUCGUGGUUAGGUCAGUGCUUUGAUGGAUCUGUUUUCAUGUCCAAUCAUUGAUUUGUCAGUGAAGAAAACCCGAGUAUGGCGACCCCCUGUGGUCAUGAAGGGUAAUAGCGAUUCUAGGAACAAUCAUCAUCCAAUAUUAGUAAAUGUCAACCCCGCCUUCAGCAAGAAAUGUCGUGUGGAAGUUUAGCAUCAUCAGAGAAAUGCUAACACCACACGGCGAGGAAGCAUCAAUCAUGUCUUUAAACGACUAUUAAAACUUUCUGUGUCGCAUCAAAAGUGUCCCAAACAUGCAUGCCUUCUUUUAUAGCCAUCUGGUGGCAAAAGUGGACUCCUUCGUUAAAAACCACCACUAAUUAUUAUUAUUAUUAUUAUUAUUAUUAUUCCUUUCCCCUUCCACUGUAUUUCCAACAUUACAGCUACACUGAAAUGUGGCUGUUGUUCACUACUGCUGCUACACAGGAAGCUAAGUUGCCAGUCGAGGAGGAGACACUGCUAGCCCGGUGCUGCCCUCAGUCUCCUCUUGGAUAAAUGUGUCCUUACUGCUGGCUAGCAUGUGUGCUGUGCGGAGGGGCUACUCUUUGAAGCUAGCUAGCAUUGGGAUGAAUGUUGAAAAAGCUUGGCUUCCCGUUGCUAUGGUUACGCCCGUGUUUCCUCCCACGAGCGCCAUCACGGCCCAACUCUAGAGCGCCACCCUGUCGUCAAACUCGCACAGGUAGUUCAUGGCCCGAUCGCAGUAGUGGUCCCACCAGUCGCCGUCGUCCGACGACAUGGCCACGCAGUUCUCGCGCUUGCCGCCAUCGGGCUGGCUGGACAGGAAGUGCCUGCGCCACUGGAAGUAGGAGACCUGCGUGCCGUCGUCGAAGAUGUACCGGCCCUCGGAGCUCAGGUCGUUGAUGCCCAGCCACACGGGCCAGUUGCCCGGAUGGAAGAAGGACUUGACGUAGCCGGCCAGCGCCUCCUGCUCGCGCCGGUCGCGGGGCAUGGCCAUGCGGCCCCCUCGCUCCAGGCACUUCCUGGACGCACCGGCGUAGUGUUCGUAGCUGUUGUAGACCAGGUAACACUUGUAGCCCACCCUCAGACCCUUCUGGCAACCUGAUUGGCAGAGGAAAACCUGUGUGCAUCCUGGGUGCGUGUUUGGUCCCACACCUGACACCCUCCCUUUCCCAUUUCAAUAGUUUCCCACUUCCACCUAAUGCACACCACCAGACCUUCAAAAUAAAAGAGGCAUGGCAGCGGUGCAACUCUUUGCCGUCAUGCUUUUAUUUUGAAAGGCCUGGCUUGGGCUCUGAUUGGUCUGAAGCAGCAGUGAGAAUGAAGGAGCUACCUUCCAGUCGUCCCAUCUCCUUACGGUUGUCUUUGCUGUGCUGGUAGACGUCCCGGAUUUGAUCCUCCAGCUCCACCAUUUUUGCUGCCAUGUUGGAAAGGAAGGCGAAACGGUUCAUGACUGAAGCUAACCCUCUAGCUAACGCUCCGGGUUCCUUACCGUCCAUCCUGGACAGAUGCUCCAUCAGCUGGCCCACAUUGACGUCCAGGGUGUAGUGUCCCACGUUGAGUUUGUGGAUGGCCUGGUCCAUCCCGGCCAGCCUGGACACUGCGGGGCAGAAGAGACGUCCGUGGAGCUUGUGAUGCUAGCGGCGUGUGUGAGAAGAUGUGAGGACGUACAAACGUAGUUGUAGGAGUUUUCAAAGUCAGACGUCGCGUGCGUGGGCUCCAGCUCGGACACGGGAAGGGCGUCGGGAACAUCGCCUCUGCCCUUUUUCACGUCUGGCUGAGACGCCUGAGAGAAAUGGCGUUUGACAAGCAGUUGAAGGACAUUUAGCCAGGGAACGUGAGCUAGCCGGCUAGCUUGGCUGUGCCUGUGUGCGGCAGCCAUGCAUGUGUCCACGUCAGUGCGUAAGGACCGGUCAGCGCUCUAUUUGACAGCAGCCAAUCAUGAGUGUGAAAACAACCCAUGAUGAGCUUGUCAACCCGCUGGACUCAGUAGAACGGGUUCACUCAUCGCACAGGAACUUAACACUCAAACAUGCAAAUGUCUAGCAUUAUGAGUGAAAAAUGGAAAAGGAUUUGAAAGUUUUCCCAUAAUGCAUUUUGUUUGAGAGAACCAUUUCAUUAGCAUAGAAAAAAGGUGGAUGCCGCUGCAAUGCUGCCUGUGUCCACCAGAGGGAGCCAGAGGACCUGGAGCCCAAAGCCAGGAGGGAGGCUGACGUCAAUGAAUGUUGCUCAGAUGCAAUGCCUUAUGGGAAGUCAUUUUGGUACGUGUUUGUACAUAUGGCGUAAGCGGCUGUGAUCCUGGUGGGCACUAAGCUUAGGGCCAUCAUCAAUCAAUCAAUCCAUCACACAGGAAGUGAAGAUGAAGUGGAUGAGCAAUAAACAGGCAGCAUGAGGGUUCACUCUGCGCAUCGCCUUCAGCACCGUGGCAAGUCUGUUCCAUGGAACAACCACAUGAACGGAGUGAGAACCAUACAGUGUCUUGGCUCGGGCGGGUGGAGGCAGGGCCGCUAGCAUACACACAGAGUGCAGUGCAAGGCAGCAUAGUAAGUAGCAAGAGGCAUGGAUUAGGUCCUUCUGCCACGUCUGUGCUAGAAAAGGCUUCACUUGGGCAAAGCAAUGAGUAGUUAGUCAAGAGGUGCGUUUGUUGGACGACUAGUCCGCCAUGAGCAGCAGUGAUGAUGUUUGAGAAGAGCCUCGUAGCCAGGGGCCGUAUUUGGUGGCAUUUAGGAGCCAGCAUGGCAAACCUACAAAGUUAGGACAGGAGUUGGCGUGGUCAAGAUUAGCCAGCAACGAUGAGCCAACACCCCCCCCCCCCCCCCCCCCGAAAGCCAGAGCCUGGCCUAACGUAAGCUAGCAGAGUGCCGGAAGCGGACUGACCUGGCUUGGUGGCGGCGUCCCGGCAGGAAGACACCAGCCCAGCGAGCAUAAAGACAGGAGUGCGAGCGAGGUGGUGAUCGCUCCCAUUUUCAGCCUCCUGACUCCGAGGAAGGAAAGAAGUCGGGAAAAAAAGCCUCCCGCUCUCUCUCCCUCCCCCCUCCCAGUCAGCGGGCCUCCCACAGAGACGUCCACAGGAUGGAAAACAGGAUCCAAACAACGUCCUAGCAACCCCUUCUCCUUUAUUUGCUUUUUCAGGGCGUCGCUUCAGUGCUUGGCAGACAGGAAAGCCCUCAGCGCCUCCCCCAUCCCGUUUCCUUUCCUACACUUCCCCUCAGGCAGGUGCUGCCAAGGGCCCGCUUAAUCCCACCUUCAGGCCACCAUCCUUUACAAACGCCACAAAUCAUGUGGUCUCAUUUCCUCACCAAGUCUACCAACAUCCAAACCCUCCUGGCCACCGCCCCUCCUCAGCAGUCACAGAGAGUACAGUCAGCCGACCCCCCCCCCCCCCCCCCACCUUGGCCGCUGGCGUCCCUCAGGAACGCAUACCGUAGCACGCGGCUUCUUAGCAAACAUAGCGUACGCUUCCUGCGCCAUUUUCUCCCACAUGGAUGCAAAUGAAAAAGUCAUAAAUUCACAAGAAGGAAAGUGGAAAUUCUUGCCUUUAUUCUCGUGAAUUCAUGACUUUGAAAUUGUAAUUUUAAAGAAUUUACAAUAAUAGUUGGACAUUUUCAAGAAGAAAAAAAGUUUCAGGCUUUAGUCUCAUAAAUUAAUAAUUACAAAUGAUAUAAGAAUAAAGUUGUCAGUUUUAGAGAAUAGUCGUAAAUUCCCAAGACUGAAAUCUGAUAAAGUGGGGAAUGAUGUACUGUACAAUUUAGUAAAAAGCAGUGUAAACAUUUGAAAUUGAUAUCAUAAAUGCCUCAUAUCAUGUUGCACCAGCAUGAUGCUCUGCUCCGCAUCAUGGUCAAGUCCCAAAUGACAACAUCAAGCAUUUCUUCCUUUUAUUGGCGUGACUUAAAGGUAGUCCUGUAAUGGCUGGCAUUCAUACGUCAUACGGAUCAUCAUCCACGCAAGUCUCAUAUGGGGGGUAAAAUAGCUCUGGUUGUGUCGUGUUGAUAAAGAUGGAAAAAGAUGCGCCAUGAUUAGAACGUGCGUGUCUUCUCUACCAUCUCAUCCAGGGAUCUCAAAUUUGCAGUGCUGAUUUAAAUCCACUCUUUAUUCAUAAAUAUAUUUUGGUACUUUGCAACCUUCUACAUACACUUUUAAUAUAACUAGAGCUCUAGACGUGACCCAACAGCCCUAUAGUCACCUGUACACACCUACAGCCUAAUAUAGUAGCCAUCAUAAGAGAAAAUAAGACAUAAAUAUGCUUGUGAUUGAAUAAAUGUGUUCCGGAAGAGGAAGUAAUGUUGGUUGAAGCUGGAGGCUACACCAGUAGUUGUGUUGUUUAUGGAUAACUUCUGUUGUAGCUGGAGGCUACACUAGUAGUUGUGUUAUCCAUAACAACACAACCAAUGUUGAAGCCGGAGGCUACACCAGUAGUUGUUAUUAUGGAUAACACAAUUACUGUUGUAGCUGGAGGCUACACCAGUAGUGGUAUUAUGGAUAACACAACUACUGUAUAAGCCAGCAUUGCAAUAAAAGCCCAUUGUCGUUGCAACAAUGGAGUCUGGUACUUGUGUGUUACUCGUGCCUCUGUGUGGCCAGCGUAGGUUCCUAUGUUUUGUUGAAACCGUAUUUGUUGUGGCGCUGGAUUAGACAUUUGUGCCCCAGAAAGGCCAAUCACCACACAGCAAUCAUCGGCGUGGUUGAACAGCAAGUGGCGAGGCACGCUCCCUCCCACGCAGGAAACAAUCUAGGAGAAAAAGCACGAGUAAUACAGAAUGUCUGGCGCGUGGGACUGAGCGCCAAGGUGGGGGGGGGGGGGCCAGAAGGGAAGGAAGCGUUCCAAGCUGACCGGGGAGGGAGGGAGGGUGGAUGCGGCCGUGGAGCGGCGAGGUGGCCGUGACGCCGUCCGUCAUGCGGCAGCAGCCUACCAGUUGUCCAGGAAGUCGAAGCCCGUCUUCAGGAUGUUGCUGCUGGUGUUGAACUGCAGGGGGAGGGAAGCCACGGUCAGACCCCCCAAGCACACGCCAACUCUGACAGACAUUGCUAACAUGAGGACUUCAUUGCCAUGACAGAACUCUGACCACAGCCAAUGGUUCUCGUCUGUUGGUGCGUUCAAGGUCACCUGGGAAAAGACGGGACUGCUGGGUGAGGCCUCGUCCUCCUUGGAGAGGGCGUUGGAGGGGUACACCUCGUCCACGGUGUAGCCCACGGCCGGCAGCGUGCUCUGAGAUCGCUCCCAGCCCCCCCCUGCCGAGACCACGACCGGAGGGGCGGGGCCAGGCGAGAUGGAGAUGGACGCCGGCGUGGCGCUCACGACCGCAGGGGGCUGCGGCGC